AUCAAGUCUCUAGAUAUACAGAGGCGAAAAUUGAGCUAAGGCAAAUGAGGGAAUUUGUAAACAUAUCAAAACUUAGACAUGAUAAGCAACGAAAGUCAAGUCGCUGUCCCACGUGCUCUCAGGGGAAGCGAAGAACAAUGUGGGCCAUCUCGCAACAUGUCUAGACGCCGUCCCACUCUCACCCCUCGCGCGCCACCUCCUACCUUCACACAUCCUACCCCUACAAUCAAUCCAAUUCCCAAUUCCCAUCUCAUCCCCAACCCCCAAAAUGCCAUCCCCAAGGGAGGACGGGUGUGUAUUCUGGUGGUAAAUUUGCUUUGGAAGGUUUAUUUGUUUUCCUCUUUCCGAGAACUAGUUUUGAGUGUCUGACUCAGAGGAAUGGGAUUCGUGGAGACUUUGCAAAGAGAAACGGAGCACCUGGGAAUCCAAUCUAUUAUCUCCGAGCCAGGGGAGUUUAGGACGAACGUAUCGUCUUCUUCGGGUAAGGAAAGUGAAUUCGCGAAGGAUGUAGAUUAUGGAGAGUUGGCGAGGAGGGUGCAAGCUGGGUUGAAAGCUAGUAAUAGGAAGCAGAAAGGUGACACGAAGAAAGCUGCUAAAAUCAUGGUUGAUGUUGUGAAAGGGGAGGGUGUAGAAGGAGGUAAAUCGAUGCCGAAGAGAUUGCCGCUUGGCAGGGAUUGUUUAGAGACUGUGAGGAGGAAGGAGACGUUGGAGCUCUGCGAUGAGUGGGAAGAAAUCGUUGAGAAUACUGAGUCUGAGAAAGACGACAGAGUUGGAUGA